AUUGGAUUCAGAAGGUAUAAAUAACCCGGGAAGAAAAACAAAAAUGCAGAUAGUUCACAUUCGUUUCCCAGUGUUCUUUCUUUGGGUGUAGCUGUUUUUGUCCGUCAUUUAUCAAUUGAAACUCAGGUCUCUUUGUCAAAGAAAUCCACUUCCAUCAAAAUAUGUCCUCAUACAAUAUCGUUGUCGAAGUGUAUAAUGAUCUCCUGGUUCUGCUCAUUUCACUUAGCAUCAGUUCAUGUCAGUCUCGCCAGUCCUCUCUGUAUUCAUCCUGCUGGUCAUUUCUUACAGAACAAUAAUAUUCCAUAACAUUCAUAUACCACAAUUUACCCAGCCAUUCUCCAAUUGAUGGGCAUCCAUUCAUUUUCCAGUUUCUGGCCACUACAAACAGGGCUGCUACAAACAUUUUGGCACAUACAGGUCCCUUUCCCUUCUUUAGUAUUUCUUUGGGAUAUAAGCCCAAUAGAAACACUGCUGGAUCAAAGGGUAUGUACAGUUUGAUAAUUUUUUGGGCAUAAUUCCAGAUUGCUCUCCAGAAUGGUUGGAUUCGUUCACAACUCCACCAACAGCUGCAUGCCCUUUCAAAAGUGUUUCUGAGAUUUCUAAAUGGUACAAGCUAUGGAACACCCAAGUGCAAAUCCUGUCUCAGACAUUUAUUUACUAGCUGUGUGAUCCUGGGUAAAUGAAUCACUUAAACUCAACUGCCUUCAAAAGACUUUGCAGCUCGGCACCUAAAUUGCAGAAUACAGAAUUUUCUUUGACAUAGGGUCGAAUACCAAGCCAAUAUGCAUUUAUUAAGUCCUACUAUGUGCCAGGCAAAGUCUAUGGGCUGAGGAUUCAAAUAAAAUAUAAGGUAAGCUCCUUGACGGAAGGAACAAACUUCAGUUAUAUUUUGGUAUCCAUAUGAUGUGAUUUGAAUGGUUUCAAUUCCUACUGAUCAAGGGGUUAGUGGCAAUAAGAGUUGUUAAUCCCCUUAAAAUCGGCAGCAGGUUUAGGAGAGAAUUCACCCAUUCCUGAAUUAUUAGUUGCAAAAUAAAAGUUUAUUAUUGGACAGAAAUCAGUUUACCAAGAGACUGACUUCUAUAGUGGCAAAUCUAUGGAAAACGGAGUUUUGCCUCUAGGGCCGUCUACAAAGACCUUGGUUGGGGGAAGCUGUUUUAUUGGGUAUCUGGUGGGGGCUGGGACAGCCUAGACCAGGAUUCCCCAAUGCGUGAGAAUUUAGAGUUUCUAUGGGAGGUGAUUCUCUCAUCCUGAAAGGUUUGGGCUCCGUGCUGACUCCUUGGAGCCUGGGAGAUCUUGAUCAAAGGGGACAGCGAUAAUCUUAAAGGGGACAGUUCCCCUCCCCCUUACAUACACAAUAACUGAGGUUAUAUAUCAAUCCUGAGAGAGGUGCUCUUAACCCCAUUUUAAAGAUGGGGAAACUGAGGCAGAGAACAAAUGACUUAGUAAAGUCACGCUCCUAGUAAGCCACCUGUUAAGUCGGGACCAUUAUUAUCCCUAUUUUACGUUGGGAAAAUUGAGGCAAGACAGGGCAAAUAUCUUGCCGAGAGCGAUCCGCUGGGACACUACUAGGGCCGACUUUACUACAGGACUCCGACUCCGGCUCCACCAAGUUGUUUGCGUCAUUCGCAGCGCUACGGUUGACCUACUGGACUGAAGGGUCCUCGGUGGAGCCCGGGCCCCGCCUUCUCGGGCUUCCCGGGCCCAGGAGACAAAGACAAAAGCUCUGGGUCCGCCCCCAUCCCGCCUCCAUCACUUCUUCUCCCCUUCCUCUUCUCUCUUCAGCUCACUAGGGGCGCUCUAUUCCACACUCGCUUCCUUCUCUUCUUCCGUUAGGGUCCUCCGGUGGCUUCAAGUUCUCAGUGCGCCUGCUCCUUCCUUGGGAGGUCCCCGCCUCCUCCGUGGCUGCCCGUUACACUGCCUUAUUUCUGCUCCAUGCUGGUCCCCCUAGGUUCCAGGUUCGCGGCUGCCUCAGAGUUGGGCUUCGCGAAGAACGGUGCACGACUCUCACUCCAGACCGAAGCCCCGGGCCGCGGGCCUCGAGGCUCUGGUGUGGAGCGAGGCGGAGAGGCGGGCAGCAUGGGGGGCAGCUUUCCCUGAGUGUGUUGGGACGGGGCGGGGCCGGUUUGGGAGGGUCUUGGGCGGUGGCCGCCGUUGGGGGCUGCCGUGGAGUCUGCAGGCCGGCCCCUGACAGACACCAAGUGGCAGCAGAAUGAGUGCCGAGACAAGCAACCGGCCCCUCCGAGUAGGAUCCAGAGUAGAGGUGAUCGGCAAGGGCCAUCGGGGCACAGUGGCCUAUGUGGGGGCUACACUGUUUGCCACGGGCAAGUGGGUAGGUGUGAUCCUUGAUGAAGCCAAGGGCAAGAAUGAUGGUACUGUCCAGGGAAGGAAGUACUUCACGUGUGAAGAGGGUCACGGCAUCUUUGUCCGCCAGUCACAGAUCCAGGUGUUUGAAGAUGGAGCAGAUACCACAUCCCCAGAGACACCAGAUUCCUCAGCCUCAAAAGUUCUCAAGAGAGAAGCAACUGAUCCAUCUGCCAAGGCCAGCAAACUGCGAGGAUUGAAGCCUAAGAAGGCUCCGACCACCCGCAAGACUACCACCCGCCGGCCCAAGCCUGCCCGUCCCACCAGCUCAGGGGCAUCAGGGGCUGGUGGCCCUGCAGGACCCUCAGGUUCGGCCUCGGCCUCCACUGGAGAGAUGAGCAGCAGUGAGCCCAGCACUCCAGCACAGACACCUUUGGCAGCCCCCAUCAUCCCUACGCCCUCGCUCACCUCUCCUGGGGCAGCUCCACCAUUGCCUUCCCCCUCCAAGGAAGAGGAAGGGCUGCGGGUCCAGGUGCGUGACCUGGAGGAGAAGUUGGAGACUCUGAGGCUGAAGCGUGCAGAGGAUAAGGCGAAGCUCAAAGAACUUGAGAAGCAUAAGAUCCAGCUGGAGCAGGUGCAGGAAUGGAAGAGCAAGAUGCAAGAGCAGCAGGCAGAGCUGCAGCGGAAGCUCAAGGAGGCUCGGAAGGAAGCGAAAGAUGCCUUGGAGGCAAAAGAACGCUACAUGGAGGAGAUGGCCGACACUGCAGAUGCUAUAGAAAUGGCCACUCUGGACAAGGAGAUGGCCGAGGAGCGGGCAGAGUCCUUGCAGCAGGAGGUUGAGGCUCUGAAGGAACGUGUGGAGGAGCUCACCACUGAUCUCGAGAUCCUAAAGGCCGAAAUUGAGGAGAAGGGAUCUGAUGGGGCUGCGUCCAGUUACCAGCUCAAGCAGCUGGAGGAGCAGAAUGCCCGGCUGAAGGAUGCCUUGGUGAGAAUGCGAGACCUCUCGGCCUCAGAGAAGCAGGAGCACGUCAAACUGCAGAAGCUCAUGGAGAAGAAGAACGUGGAACUGGAGGCCCUGCGGCAGCAGCGCGAGCGCCUUCAGGAGGAGCUGGACCAGGCUGAGCAUACCAUCGAUGAGCUCAAGGAGCAGGUAGAUGCAGCCCUGGGAGCAGAAGAGAUGGUGGAGACACUGACAGACAGGAACCUGAACCUGGAGGAGAAAGUGCGGGAACUGCGGGAGACCGUGGGAGACCUGGAAGCUAUGAAUGAGAUGAAUGAUGAGCUGCAGGAGAAUGCCCGGGAGACUGAGCUUGAGCUUCGGGAGCAGCUGGACAUGGCAGGUGCCCGAGUGAGGGAGGCCCAGAAGCGUGUGGAAGCUGCUCAGGAGACGGUUGCUGACUACCAACAGACUAUAAAGAAAUACCGACAGCUGACCGCCCAUCUGCAGGAUGUGAAUCGGGAGCUAACAAAUCAGCAAGAGGCUUCAGUGGAGAGGCAGCAGCAGCCGCCCCCGGAGACCUUUGACUUCAAGAUUAAGUUUGCUGAGACCAAGGCCCACGCCAAGGCCAUUGAGAUGGAACUGAGGCAGAUGGAGGUGGCCCAGGCCAAUAGGCACGUGUCCUUGCUUACGGCCUUCAUGCCGGAUAGCUUCCUGAGGGCCGGUGGAGAUCACGAUUGUGUCCUGGUCCUGCUGCUGAUCCCCCGCCUGGUUUGUAAGGCAGAGCUCAUCAGAAAGCAGGCCCAGGAGAAGUUUGAUCUGACUGAGAAUUGUGCAGGGCGGCCAGGGCUUCGGGGGGCUCCUGGGGAGCAGCUCAGCUUUGCCGCCGGCCUGGUGUACUCACUGAGUCUCCUGCAGGCCACACUCCACCGCUACGAGCAUGCCCUGGCUCAGUGCAGUGUGGAUGUCUACAAAAAGGUCGGUAGUCUCUAUCCCGAGAUGAGUGCCCACGAGCGCUCCUUGGAUUUCCUCAUUGAGCUGUUGCACAAGGACCAGCUGGAUGAGACGGUCAACGUGGAGCCGCUCACCAAGGCCAUCAAGUACUACCAGCACCUGUAUAGCAUCCAUCUUACUGAGCAGCCCGAGGACUGCACUGUGCAGCUGGCCGACCACAUCAAGUUCACCCAGAGUGCACUGGACUGCAUGGCUGUGGAGGUGGGGAGGCUUCAUGCCUUUCUGCAGGGAGGGCAGGAGGCCUCAGACUUAUCCCUCCUGCUCCGGGACCUGGAAACGUCCUGCAGUGACAUCCGGCAGUUCUGUAAGAAGAUCCGAAGACGGAUGCCGGGCACGGAUGCUCCUGGGAUCCCAGCUGCCCUUGGUUUUGGGCCUCAGGUGUCAGAGACACUUCUGGAUUGUCGGAAGCAUCUGACGUGGGUGGUGGCCGUGCUUCAGGAGGUAGCUGCUGCUGCCGCCCAACUGAUCGCCCCUCUGGCCGAGAAUGAGGGUCUGCCCUCUGGCACCCUGGAAGAGCUGGCCUUCAAGGCAGGGGAGCAGAUCUAUGGGUCUCCAUCCAGCAGUCCCUAUGAGUGCCUUCGACAGUCAUGUAGCAUCCUCAUUGCCACCAUGAACAAGCUGGCCACGGCUAUGCAAGAGGGAGAGUACGACGCAGAGAGGCCCCCGAGCAAGCCUCCUCCCUCCGAACUGCGGGCCGCAGCCCUUCGUGCAGAGAUCACCGAUGCUGAGGGCCUGGGCCUGAAGCUGGAGGACCGGGAGACCGUCAUUAAGGAGCUGAAGAAGUCGCUCAAGAUCAAGGGGGAAGAGCUGAGCGAGGCCAACGUGCGCUUGAGUCUCUUGGAGAAGAAGCUGGACAGCGCGGCCAAGGACGCUGACGAGAGGACCGAGAAGGUGCAGAGCCGCCUGGAGGAAACGCAGGCCCUGCUGCGCAAGAAGGAGAAAGAGUUCGAGGAGACGAUGGACGCCCUCCAGGCAGACAUUGACCAGCUGGAGGCCGAGAAGGCGGAGCUGAAGCAGCGCCUGAGCAGCCAGUCCAAAAGGACCAUCGAGGGGCUGCGGGGAACACCCCCCUCGGGCAUCGCCACCCUCGUCUCUGGCAUCACUGGCGAAGAACAGCAGCGAGGAGGGGCUGCAGGCCCGCCUCUGGCCAACAUCCCAGGCCCUGGGCCCGUGAAGGACUCUCCCCUGCUGCUCCAGCAGAUCUCGGCCAUGAGGCUGCACAUCUCCCAGCUCCAGCAUGAGAACAGCACGCUCAAGGGAGCCCAGAUGAAGGCAGCCCUGGCAGCUUUGCCUCCCCUGCAUGUGGCCAAGCUCACACCCUCAGGGCGGGAAAGCUCCGACGGUGAGCUCGCAGCUGGAGCUUUGUACCGGAAAACCAGCCAGCUACUGGACACGCUGCAUCAGCUCAGCUCGUGCACCCGGGUGAUAGAUAUCACAAGGUCCAGCCCUGCCACAAAGAGUCCCGGGGCCCAGCUUCUGGAACAGCUCACCCACCUCCAAUCCCUGAGUGACACCAUCGACAAACUGCAGGAUGAGGUGAUGAAAGAAACUGUGUCUCAGCGCCCAGGAGCCACUGUCCCCACUGACUUUGCCACGUUCCCCUCAUCGGCCUUCCUUAGGGCUAAAGAAGAGAAACGAGAAGACACUGUAUACGUGGGCAAAGUGACCUUCCCUUGCACGGCUGGCCUUGGGCAGCGGCACCGCCUGGUACUGACCCACGAACAGCUGCACCGGCUUCAUGGCCGCCUCAUCUCCUAGCUCCAGCUGCAUCCCUCUGCUCCUUUUCAUGUUUCCCUGACACCCUGAGGGUUCUGCCUGCUGCUGCUUCCUCCCACCUUCCCACAGACCUGUCCCAGACAAGAAUAUCACUACUCAUGUAAAGCCAUAAUGUUAAUCCCAUCCUCUCCUCCUGGAGCCCAGCCCCUGGCCUUAGCUGCUCCCUUCUCCCUGGAGAGUUGGGGGAAGCGGGGCUGGCCUGGCCCAGGGAGGGGUGUUCAACCCCAGUAUGGGGAAUCACCCCCUCAAUAAAGCAGCUUCUUCCUCAGCACUGUAUGCAUGGUGUUGGUGGUAGAAGACAGGCUGAAGGGAUGGCUGUGUGUGGGGUACUGAGACCCAGCCAGCCCCCCUCCAGUGACUCAGCAGGCAGCCGCAGGGUCUGGGACAGGAGAGAAGGGGUAGCAGCAGGGCUUUGGGGUUUGAGGGGCUGCAUCAAUGCCCAGGUGUGCCUGGUGCAUAGUAGCCCUUAGAGGGGCAAAGACUCUUUUACACGCCUAGUCCCUACAUUUUCCGUUCAGCCUCCCAUUCAUUGGGCGUCUUGUACUGAGCAUACAAAGAAGUAGCUUAUAACAUGGUGGGGUGCGGGAUCUUUCACAGUUGCUGAGAGCUAAGCGGUCCUCAGACCAACCCAGGGGCCCGUAGGUAAUGGGAGGGUGAGAAGCCCUGUUUUAUUUGGAUAUGGAUCUUGUUGGGCAGACUAAAACCAUCCAUGCUUUCCUCCCCCUGCACUGAGAAUAAAAUCUCCCCGUGUGAUCUAUCCAUGGUGCUGAAGGGCGA